AUGGCCCCAACAGCACACAAUGGUCCCAACAGCUCUGAUGGCUCCAACGGUCCCAACAGCUCCAAUGACAGAAAAGGUAAGUUCUAUCAUAGUAGCUGAAGUUUUUCAUUGAAAGCAAUAGUAAUGAAGUGUAGGAGGCUAUUCCAUGCAGAUGGGAGGACAUUAAUUCACAAAUAUAAUUUGGUUUUAUAUUAACCUGAGUAAAUGUUUUAAUUUUUCCCAACAAGGUUUAUUUUAAUAGUGUAACUGCAAAUACAUAUAAAGUUAUCCUCUUACAUUUUACCUGUACAAGAAUCAUUUUUAGAAAGCAGGCAGAAAGUUGCAGGGAGAUGGAGGAAGAAGUGUUUCUUUAAUUUGAAGUACAUUGAAUUAUAACUUUCUGCCUCUAGAAUCCAAAUUUACAACAGUACGUUUUUUCCUCAUGAAAAUAGAUUGUGAUUCUUGAUUCAUAAGUGCAUGCAGUUCAUUAUGUCUCAAGGUCAUUUAUAAACGUUUACACCUGUCUCAUUUAGAUUAGUAGAUACAUGGUUAGGAUUAAUACAAAAUGUGUAUGGAAGGGAGGCUGUGUCAAUACAAUAAUUUAUGCACGGUUAUUAACUUAAAUUAGUGAAUUUAAUUACAUUUUACAAAAAAUAGGACAUAUGUUGGCCUAAACUUUGAAAUUGUUUGGUGAAUAAUCCGAGAAGUAUCUGAAUAUUCUUUAUCUGUUUAAAACAAUGUAAAUGUAUAAAGGUUUCACUUGUUCUCCUUUAAAUCACUCUCUCUCUGUCUCUCUCUCUCUCUUUUCCUGGCAAUUCACACCUUGGUGAAUAAUCCUAUGUACUAAACCAUUAAGGGGUUGGGGGUCUGUAUAAAAUAGAAGCCAUGAAUAUUAUUUAUCUGUUUAAAACAACGUAAAAGUAUAAAAUGUUUCACUUGUUCUCUUUUAAAUCUCUCUCUCGCUCUCUCCCUUACAAUUUCAAAUUUCAAUAAAGGCAACAUUUCUGUUCUCUACUUAAGACAUUUUUCAAGCAAAGUCCCAAGUAGAUAACUGAAAUGUUGCUUUUUAAAUGUGUAAUUUUAUUAUUGAAUACAAUACCCUUUGAGUACUGGCUAUUUCUUGGAUAUUGUGUAUAUGCUGUAGUUGAGAUUGUAUACAUAUCUAGACACAUUGUUUUUAAGUAUAUGUAAUGUUUUGGAAUCCUGUACGGGAAAUGGUGAACUUGACUAUGCAAAUAUUUCCCAUUAUGCCAUAACUGAGAUUAUACCUAUACUGCACAUGCAUACAACUCAACUGUGCAUUUUCUGCCACUAUGCAUGGUUUAACAGCCACUGUGUAUUAUGGGAACUCAAAAAAAUAUCAGCUGCCAGCCAGGAAAACGACUCCUAAUAAUCUCUCUCAAACCCCCCCACCCCAAAAAACAAAAACAAAACACACAUACAAAAUAUAUAUAUAUAUAUAUAUAUAUAUAUAUAUAUAUAUAUAUAUAUAUAUAUAUAUAUAUAUAUAUAUAUAUAUAUAUAUAUAUAUUUAAUAAAUAGCUUGGCACUCUCCUUACCAGUGUUUUAUAUAUAUAUAUAUAUAUAUAUAGUUUUUGAUGUCACAGUAACCUUGAAAAAGACCCGCAGGGGUCAAAACGUCGAUUUAUGUUUGCUGUAAGCACAUUACUUAAAUAUAUCACAUUAUUUUAGUUAAGGUCCUGCGAGUGCAUCCUGGAUCCUUCUUUGGCGUGUGUGUGUGUGUGUUAUAUAAUUUAUUUUAAUUUUUUUUAAUAUAUUCUAUUUAUUAAUUUGUGGUCGGGGCAAUAUUGCCAAGAUGGUUAGAUAAACACAUAAUUGGUAAUAAACAUCAUAGUUAAUACCACCAGUCAGUUGUGGUGUGCCAGAACAGACAAUGCAGUAGGCCUAUGUAUUCAUUGGGGGGUGUAUCUAGUAAAAAGUGAUUUUUGUUUUCUAAUUUGGGCAGUAGUGUUUCUUUAACCCCUUAAGGACACAUGACAUGUGUGACAUGUCAUGAUUCCCUUUUAUUCCAGAAGUUUGAUCUUUAAGGGGUUAAACUUCAGAAUCCAUUUUGUUAUAAAAUACAGGUAAUUUUAAGUAUAGCCUUAUGUAUUGUGGACCAAUUUAUUUGUUUCAAUAUGAACCAUGGACCUUAAAUUGAUAUUCCAACCACCAUGACCACUUCAGUGAUUUCAUGUGAUCAUGGUGGUAAGAGUCUGGCUGUGUAUUGUUUCGGCUUAAAAACAAAAACAAAAAAAAACCCCCUGCACAUUCAGAGUUUUUUAAUUGUGUGCCAGGGUCUAAAUGCACCACCAGCACGUGUGACCUAGGCAGCCCAGAACUCUGUUCCAGGCUGUCAAAUUAAAAUUUUGGGCAUAUUUUAGGUCUGUCAUCAGCACACACAGCCUGUAAGGGGAAGAUUGCUUUCCCCUCCUUGUGUUCGCUCACUCCCGCCUCCCUCCACAAAAUGCAAAAACAUUUUUACUCCCCUCCCCCACUCAGGCUGGAAUCUGAGCCAGCAAAACAGUCCAAUGAUAGGCUUCUCUAUGUGAAUCCUGAGAUCGGACCAUGCGAGUGCUAGUAUGACGUUGGGAUGGGGAGUGGAAGACAGCGCCAGGAGACUGCACUGAUUUACUUAUUUUAAGCAAUGAACUAUAGAGAAUUGUCAAUUUUUUAGAAUGCAUUUUUGAUAAGGGUUGGAGUAAACUUGGAGCACAAAGCAUUGUAAAAACACAACAGUUCCAAGAUUGGGAAGCAAUUAUAGAAAAACAGUCAUAAGAAAGUAGCCCCACCAAGAAGAUUGUCCUUUAUAGAUUAUAAAGAUCCUAUUGUGUGAAUAUUAUGCACAGGCUGUGUUUUUGACUAAUGUUUUCCCUUAUGCAGGAACAAAAAAGCUGAGUGUCCAAAUGAAACCUGAAAAGAAGAGCCGAUCUUUACUUCCAGAAGUCGCUGUUACAAGAAUGACUGACUGGUUCAAAAAUAAUCUUGAGCACCCUUAUCCAUCAGAUGCUAAAAAAGAAGAGUUUGUUAAGGAAACAAACCUCACCGUUACACAGGUAAAUUAUGCAUUUAUUCUAUGAAAUAUUCUAUAUGUAUUAAGGCAUUUUGGCCUGUAAUUGUGGGAGAGGCUUAAAUUAAAUCACUCCCCUAUAUAAGGUCCACCCCUUACCUGACUCAAGGUCAGCAUCUGAAUGACCCUCCCACCCACUCCUCAUUCUCAACCCUUUUUUCCCCUCUAUUUCUUUACUUUCAUUACUCCUUGGUGGGCCCUCUUUAUUUACAGGCCUACCGUAUCGUCGGUCUCGGCACACCACAACCGACUUUUAUACUAUCCUACGUUCUUACUUGAACCUUACUUCAUAUACGGCUAUUUGCCCCUUACAAAUUAAUAUAUAUAUUUAUAUAUAUAUAUAUAUAUAUAUUUAUUUUUUAUUUUUUUUAAACCAAGGUCUUGUGGGCACCAAUGAAAUUGAACAAUUUUUAAUCCUACUGAUAUGCAAGUGCUAGCUAAUGACCUCAUUCCCUCUCUCUGCAGGUGAACGACUGGUUCAUUAAUGCCCGUCGUCGUCAAUGGAAAAAAUUUAUUGCGGAGCAUCAGAAGUCCGACGGGUCUUCUGAGUCAAAUCCAGAAGCCGUCCUCAUUGAUUCAGACCACGAAGAGUCUCCUCCCAUGGAUGCAAAAUAUAAACUAUUUAUCCUAGCUUUAGUGGCAUCCCAAUUUCUUGAAGAACUUAACAGAGAAAAUGAAAAUGCAUCUAAAAAGGCUUAA